CGGGCAGCCCCGCCCCCUCCUCGUGGGCGGCCCCUCCCCCAGGCCCCGCGUCCGGCCCCUCCGCCCCUAGCCCCAUCUGUUUCCCCGGGGGGGACUCGAUUAUAUUGUAGGGGACUGGGGGCGGCCGCCGCCGCAGCCGCAGGAUGGGGCGAGCGCGCGGACCCCGCGGGCAGCCGCAGCCGCCUCAGUAGCUCGGGCCCCCGCGCCGCCGCCCCCCGCCCGGCGCCCGCCCUCGGCUCCUGCACUCGCCGAGCGGCGGCAGCAGCGGGAGGAGCGCCCCGCCGCCCCCGCCGAGGACCGCGCGGAGGCUGCGGCGCUGCCGCGGCGGGAGUCCCAGGUCGGCGGGCAGAGCGCGGGCAGCGAGGGGCCGCCGCCUGUGCCGCGGCGGGGAGAUGUGCCCGGAGGAGGGCGGCGCGGCCGGGCUGGGCGAGCUCCGCUCCUGGUGGGAGGUCCCGGCCAUCGCGCACUUCUGCUCGCUCUUUCGCACCGCGUUCCGCCUGCCCGACUUCGAGAUCGAGGAGUUAGAAGCUGCUCUUCAUAGAGAUGACGUGGAGUUUAUCAGUGACCUGAUUGCCUGCCUGCUUCAGGGCUGCUAUCAACGAAGAGAUAUCACGCCUCAGACAUUCCACAGCUACCUAGAGGACAUCAUCAACUACCGCUGGGAGCUCGAAGAAGGGAAGCCCAACCCUCUGAGGGAAGCCAGUUUCCAGGACCUGCCUCUUCGCACACGGGUGGAGAUCCUGCACCGCCUCUGUGAUUACCGGCUGGAUGCAGACGAUGUCUUCGAUCUUCUAAAGGGUCUGGAUGCAGACAGUCUCCGUGUGGAGCCAUUGGGUGAAGACAAUUCUGGGGCACUCUAUUGGUAUUUCUAUGGAACACGAAUGUACAAAGAGGACCCGGUACAAGGAAAAUCCAAUGGAGAACUCUCUCUGAGCAGGGAAAGUGAAGGACAAAAAAAUGUCUCAAGUAUUCCUGGAAAAACGGGAAAAAGAAGAGGAAGACCCCCAAAACGGAAGAAACUGCAGGAGGAGAUUCUGUUGAGUGAAAAGCAGGAAGAAAAUUCCUUGGCAUCCGAGGCACAGACAAGACAUGGGUCCCAAGGGCCAGGCCAAGGUACUUGGUGGCUCCUGUGCCAAACAGAAGAAGAAUGGAGACAGGUCACUGAGAGUUUUCGCGAGAGGACCUCCCUUCGAGAACGGCAGCUCUACAAGCUCCUCAGUGAGGACUUCCUGCCCGAGAUCUGCAACAUGAUCGCUCAGAAGGGAAAACGUCCACAGCGCACAAAGGCAGAGUUGCAUCCUAGGUGGAUGUCUGACCACCUGUCCAUCAAAACCGUCAAGCAAGAGGAGACUCCUGUGCUGACCAGAAUAGAAAAACAAAAGCGCAAAGAAGAGGAAGAAGAGCGUCAGAUUCUUCUAGCAGUGCAGAAGAAGGAGCAGGAGCAGAUGCUAAAGGAAGAGAGGAAACGCGAGUUGGAGGAGAAGGUCAAGGCAGUGGAAGAUCGAGCGAAGAGGAGAAAGCUCAGGGAAGAAAGGGCAUGGCUGCUGGCUCAAGGAAAGGAGCUCCCUCCAGAACUUUCCCAUCUGGACCCCAAUUCCCCCAUGAGAGAGGAAAAAAAGACUAAAGACCUCUUUGAGUUGGACGAUGAUUUCACUGCUAUGUAUAAAGUUCUAGACGUGGUAAAGGCUCACAAGGAUUCUUGGCCCUUCUUGGAACCUGUGGAUGAAUCUUACGCCCCUAACUAUUAUCAGAUUAUUAAGGCCCCCAUGGAUAUUUCCAGCAUGGAGAAGAAACUGAAUGGAGGUUUAUACUGUACCAAGGAGGAAUUUGUAAAUGACAUGAAGACCAUGUUCAGGAAUUGUCGAAAGUAUAAUGGGGAAAGUAGUGAGUAUACCAAGAUGUCUGAUAAUUUAGAGAGGUGUUUCCAUCGGGCAAUGAUGAAACAUUUUCCUGGAGAAGAUGGAGACACAGAUGAAGAAUUUUGGAUUCGAGAGGAUGAAAAGCGGGAGAAAAGACGGAGUCGGGCUGGGCGAAGUGGUGGGAGCCACGUUUGGACCCGCUCCAGGGACCCAGAAGGACCCAGCAGGAAACAGCAGCCCAUGGAGAACGGAGGAAAGUCGUUGCCCCCCACACGCCGAGCGCCCUCUUCUGGGGAUGAUCAGAGCAGCAGCUCCACACAGCCCCAGCGGGAGGUGGGCCCUUCCAAUGGCCGAGGCUUUUCUCAUCCCCUGCAUUGUGGUGGGACACCCAGCCAGGCACCCUUUUUAAACCAGAUGAGGCCAGCAGUACCAGGAACAUUUGGCCCUCUGCGAGGAUCAGAUCCUGCCACCUUGUACGGCUCCUCUGGAGUCCCGGAGCCACACCCCGGGGAGCCUGUGCAGCAGCGUCAGCCUUUCACCAUGCAGCCUCCAAUUGGAAUUAACAGCCUCCGAGGACCCAGGCUAGGCACAUCCGAAGAGAAGCAAAUGUGCGGGGGGCUGACACACCUUUCUAACAUCGGCCCACACCCUGGAUCCUUGCAGCUUGGGCAGAUAAGUGGCCCAAGUCAGGAUGGAAGCGUGUACGCUCCAGCUCAGUUCCAGCCAGGAUUCAUUCCUCCCCGGCAUGGCGGGGCUCCAGCCCGGCCACCAGACUUUCCUGAAAGCUCAGAAAUUCCUCCCAGCCACAUGUAUCGAUCGUACAAGUACCUGAAUCGAGUACACUCUGCCGUCUGGAAUGGGAACCAUGGUGCUACGAACCAAGGACCCUUGGGCCCAGAUGAGAAGCCCCACCUGGGGCCAGGACCCUCUCAUCAGCCUCGCACUCUCGGUCACGUGAUGGAUUCCCGAGUCAUGAGACCACCUGUACCCCCCAACCAGUGGACUGAACAAUCAGGCUUCCUACCUCAUGGAGUUCCUUCCUCAGGGUACAUGCGACCACCCUGCAAGUCUGCUGGACAUCGGUUACAGCCACCUCCAGUGCCAGCACCCAGUUCUUUGUUUGGAGCGCCUGCCCAGGCUCUGCGGGGGGUGCAGGGAGGGGACUCCAUGAUGGACAGCCCAGAGAUGAUUGCGAUGCAGCAGCUCUCCUCCCGCGUCUGCCCCCCAGGUGUGCCUUACCACCCCCACCAGCCUGCACCCCCCCGUUUACCUGGCCCUUUUCCGCAGGUAGCUCACCCAAUGUCGGUCACUGUGUCAGCCCCCAAGCCUGCCCUGGGCAACCCUGGGAGGGCACCGGAGAACAGUGAAACACAAGAGCCUGAGAAUGACCAAGCAGAGCCGUUGCCUGGCCUUGAAGAGAAACCACCAAGUGUUGGUGCUUCAGAGGGGGUCUACCUCAAACAACUACCUCACCCCACACCUCCCCUGCAGACCGACUGUACCAGGCAGAGCUCACCACAAGAAAGGGAAACAGUGGGCCCGGAGCUCAAAAGCAACUCCUCCGAAUCUGCAGACAACUGUAAAGCAACGAAGGGCAAGAAUCCCUGGCCCUCGGAGAGCAGCUACCCCGGCCCAGCUGCCCAAGGGUGCAUGAGAGACCUCUCCGCGGUGGCAGACCGGGGCGCUCUACCCGAGAACGGAGUCACUGGGGAAGCAUCUCCUUGUGGAUCAGAGGGGAAGGGCCUUGGUAGCAGUGGUUCCGAAAAGCUGCUCUGCCCCAGAGGCAGAACGUUGCAGGAAACCAUGCCAUGCACGGGACAGAACGCAGCGACACCGCCCAGCACAGACCCUAGUUUGACGGGAGGCACUGUGAGCCAGUUUUCCCCCCUGUAUAUGCCUGGCCUGGAGUACCCGAAUUCAGCUGCCCAUUACCACAUCAGUCCAGGCCUGCAGGGUGUGGGCCCUGUGAUGGGAGGGAAGUCCCCAGCAUCCCAUCCCCAGCAUUUUCCCCCAAGGGGCUUUCAGUCUAACCACCCACAUUCUGGAGGCUUUCCCCGGUAUCGCCCCCCACAAGGAAUGAGGUAUUCCUACCACCCACCAUCGCAGCCUUCCUACCACCACUAUCAGCGAACUCCUUACUAUGCCUGUCCACAGAGCUUUUCUGACUGGCAGAGACCUCUCCAUCCCCAGGGAAGCCCAAGCGGACCCCCAGCCAGUCAGCCCCCCGCACCGAGGCCCCUCUUCUCAGAUAAGAAUGCCAUGGCCAGUCUGCAAGGCUGUGAGACACUGAAUGCUGCCUUAACUUCUCCAACCCGUAUGGAUGCAGUGGCUGCUAAAGUCCCAAAUGACGGGCAGAAUCCUGGUCCAGAGGAAGAGAAGCUGGAUGAAUCUAUGGAGAGGCCAGAGAGUCCCAAAGAAUUUUUAGACCUGGACAACCAUAACGCAGCCACCAAGCGGCAGAGCUCAUUGUCAGCCAGCGAAUAUCUCUAUGGAACUCCUCCGCCUCUGAGUUCAGGGAUGGGAUUUGGUUCAUCUGCAUUUCCACCCCACGGUGUGAUGCUGCAGACAGGGCCUCCCUAUACCCCUCAGCGGCCGGCCAGUCACUUUCAGCCCAGGGCUUACUCUUCCCCUGUGGCUGCCCACCCACCUCACCACCCAGGGGCCACCCAGCCCAACGGCCUCUCUCAGGAGGGUCCCAUCUAUCGCUGCCAGGAAGAGGGCCUGGGUCACUUUCAAGCUGUGAUGAUGGAACAAAUUGGCACUAGAAGUGGAAUAAGAGGACCUUUCCAGGAAAUGUACAGACCAUCAGGAAUGCAGAUGCACCCGGUCCAGUCGCAGGCCUCGUUCCCAAAGACCCCCACAGCAGCAACAUCACAGGAGGAGUUGCCGCCUCAUAAGCCUCCUACACUUCCCCUGGAUCAGAGCUAGUCCAAGGAGGAAAUGAGCCCCAAGCAAUGGAAAGCUGCACACGAAGACUGGAACGUGGAGACCUGGGGAGUGCCCUGUCAGCUCUAUUCCCAUCACCUGCUCCACCCCUUCACGGCGACCCACUCGUGCCAUCCUUGAGCUGGAGCCAGUCACGGGCCCUAAAAGGACACUCCUUAGAUGACUGACACACAGAUUGCAAAGGUCCUCGGCCAGGGAUCUCUUGCACAGCUGAUGUAGACAGUCAGGCAAAACUAAUGAACGUGGAGUUAAUGAUGACUUUUCCAAAUCCUGAGACACUUUUCAGGGAAAAUCACUUUAAACUUGGGGGCAGGGGUAUACUCAAGAAUGGAGUGGUGCUUUUAAACUUUGAUGAGCAGCUAAACUCAGGUAUAUAUUUGGGGAAGGGACUACUCUUAGUAUUAAUGGUUUUGGAGCUGGGUCCAGUUUACAGAAUUUUCAUGUUGCCUUCUAAAAUAAUUUUUGUUGGUGGUGAAUGUAUUGUACAUAA